AAGAGAUGCGUACUGUGAGACGAGAUGGAGACCUCAUCACAGAGGACCACGAGCUGCUCAACCCUGAUGGAACUGUCACCAAGACCGUCACAACAACCGAUCACAAGACUGGACAGCGCCAAGUCUCCGUAUACAGGAUGGACAAGUCGGGGAUUGUGCGGAAGCUAGAUGAGAGUGACCUCAAGCUGUGGGCUGAAAGUGCGAAAAAGGAAAAGAUGAUGCAACAACUGAGAGAUCAAGUCACUGAGACCCAAGCGAAAAUAGAUGCAAUAAAAGAACAUCAUGAUAGAGAAGGCUCCAAGUCUGUGGCCUACGAGACUAAAGAUGGGCAAUAUCUGAAGAGAGUGGAAGAAGAUGCAGAGCCUGACAAGUUGGAUUUGGCUUACAGUAUUCGUAAUAUAAACAAACCCAUUGAACUGACUGCAAAACAACGAGCUAUGGUUGAAGAACACAAACAAAAUAUAUUAAACUACGGAACUCAAAAACUGAUCAAACAACUUAACAAGAAACUGCAUGACGAUAAGUUCAAUGAAAUGUACUCCCUUACUGAUAAUCAAAAAGAAAAAGUAAUAGAAUAUGGCAUCAGAAAACUACAUAGACUGUUGGAAAAGAAUUUAGACGAUGAAAGAUUGGUAUAUGAUGUCAUGUCAUUCAAUCCUGACUUUGGGAAAGUAGAUCUGAGUGGAAGAGGAGAAAGACACCUCCCAGGAAGUCAAUCAAUUUCCUUCGCUCUCAACCCAUACAAGGAAAUGUCUCCGGAAGAGUAUGCAAAGCCUAUAUCAUUUAACAUGAGGCCUGAGAGCAAACCUUUAACAGAGACUGAGAAUCAGGACGGUAAAAGGGUAGUUAACAAUGCAUAUAAAGCUAUCUGGAACAAGCUGAUGAACCAUGGGUCAAACCAAGAACAAGGAGGAGAGCUGAAAAAUAACAAUAAUUACUCCAAGGACAAUACAUAUGAUAGUGAUUCUGGGAAAACUUACCCGGGUAGGCAGUCAGUUACAGCGCAAGGGCGAAAUGAUCAGAAGGAUAUCAAAGAGAUCAAUAACUCAGUGAAAGAACUAAUAAAAAAUGAUGACUUCUACAAAAAGUCACCGUUAUCACCAGCCGAGAAAGAUGAUAUAAUUAACUACGCACUAAAUCAAGUAAGAUCUGUAUUUAAAGAUUCCGUAGAUGAAGAAGGUAAGGACAUCACGAAACGCAAAAAGAAAAUUGAUUUAUCACAUUACUUUGAUGAGGAUGAAAUUUAUGAGUAUGGCAAAAAAGCUUUGAAAAAGCUUGUGAGGAGGAGUUUGAAAGCUUUUGAUCUGGAUCAAGACAUGGUUGACAAAGAUCUUGACAACCCUGAUCAGUCUGCUAGGCGGGAUGCGUUCUUCCAAUAUUUGGGUGACAUUGUGGAGGGUAGAGUUAAAGAAUCAGAUCCUAUACCGUUACCAAGUCCAGUGAAGAAACAGACAAAGAAGGAAGAACAGGACGAGGAAAAUAAAUGGGACUACCAGUCUUUUCUAUCAAGUGUCUUUGGUAAGAAUGAAAAUGAAAAGAUCCAAAACCAACAAGAAAAACCAAAAGAGCAACCAGAGAAGAAAACAGAUUUCGAUUCCCUAUUUUCUUGGCUUAAGGAUCUGAAAGAAGACAAAACCGACUCCAACAAAGGAACAUCCCAGCCAAAUGAAAAUGUGUUAAAGGUUAAACCACACUUUUACCAGUUAGACCCCAAAACUGAUUCUAAAAAUGAGCAACAUGAUACUCAAAGUGAAACAAACAAUUUUGAUCUUAAAUCUCUUCUGAAGAAAAUCCAAGAAGCAGCAGUGAAAAAGUUUUCUAAUACCUCUGAAACAUCCAUUAACAAUGAGCUACCAUCAGGAAAUGUUAACAAAAAUGAUUCUCAUGAAAGGCAGCUGAAACAAUCCGAUGUGGAUCUAGCCAUGUCACGAAUCAGGCAGAAUAACAAUGAACCCUUGAAAAAGCCUACUACAAAACCGUCUUACUUCAAAGAAAGAAUUGCUGGGCUGGACUCUAUUCCUCGACCUACAAUAACAACGGUAUCACCACCUGGACGCAGCUCUGACUUAAGUGACCAAAUUUCAUUCAAGUUAAGACCUCAUAGCUAUGAAAAUACCAACAAACUAGAGGAUAAGUCCAGGCCAGAAAAUCAAAAGAAUGAUGCUUCAAAAUCUAGUUCUCAUGAGCAAGACUUUCAGCCUUGGUGGUUUGAGUCUCCGGACAGUUUUAUAAAGAAAGCAUUUGAAAAGCCAUUGAAGGAGCCUUUUAUUGAGACUCCGAUGAUAGAUGGUUCUUUUUCUAAAGCUAGAAAGGGAUUCUCAGCAGGUGAAGCUUUGAAAAGCAUUCUCAAUUAGAUUGGUUUACAAAUAAUGACUUUUUAAAUGGGUCUCUAACAAAAUACAAAUAAUAUAUUAAUUAAAAAAAUUAAAAUUCACAUUUAGCAAGAAUUAUUAGAGAAUGAUAGACUGUACAAGAAAUUUGGAAUACUUGAUUUGAAUGGAAAGAGGGUAGUAUACAACACAUAGCUGUAAAUAAAAAUACCAAGAGGAAACCAUUUACGUACGGUACUACAAAAAUAAACUGUAUUGUCUGACUAAAAUGUAUUGACUUAUCCUUGUAUAAUGGGAGGUAUUUAACUCAGAAACAAUUACCUAAAUGUAAAAUUUGUGACUACUACUUUAAUUUUACUAACAUAAUAUAGUCUUUAGACAACUUGGUCAGUUUGUAUUGGGUUAUUAUGCAUUAUUACUGUUCGAAUAAAGUUUUUAAGAACAUACAAA